GUUCGAUCUCGCUACCAUGGGUUCUUUCCAAAGCAGGCCUACCUCUAUCCAGGAAGGCUCUACGAGGGCCGAGCCAACCAACCUAGGCUUCGCAUCUCUUCCAGCGGAGCUUCGUAAUAACACGUAUGCGCAGACACUGAGAUGGAAAGGUCCUGUCACGCUGACAUACGACGAAACUUCACGACGUUUCCAGACUCCUCGUGCUUGUCUCGUAGAAGGUCGAACACCACUCCAAGCACUUGAAGUCCUCAGCAGCCUUGAUCACUACAUCCGACGAGAAGCGCGUUCCUACUUCUUCGCCAACAAUUUCAUUGAGAUAAAGACCAGGCAGAAAUUUACCUCCGACCCCGACUAUGUUCAAGUCUACAUCCACUUUCUCGAGAACAUUGGAGAAACCGGUCGUUGGAGCCUGCGCCAUCUGAGACUGACGGUUAGUGAGGACAGCAGUCCGCAUCGUCCAAAGUUUGAGCAAGCCCUCAAGCUCUGGAGCCUGCUCGCCGAUUGCAUGAAUCUUGAACGCCUGGACCUUUUUCUUGAAGUCGACUACUUCUACAUGGACCAAUGCGACGCGCUGAAAUCACACCUGUCUACUUUAGGCUUUCCUGUCAGCCAACCGUGGCUUGUGGUCUUGCAGAGCCUUCGCCACUUGGAAAACCUCAAACGCUUGUCUCUCCAAGUCGUCUUCAGUUCGAGAUGGCGCCAUAUUGAGGUGAACGUCCACACCCGUGCAACAGCAACAGGACUCCGGGAGCCGAAGGCGUUCAAGCGCGUACGAUUCCAAGUCAAGCGUCCUAUUGAUGAGGCUGCUGAGCUAGUAGAUCAAGUCAAAGGGGUUCUUCGUCAGGGACUGCGACGACGCGUUGCUAUCCAGGUCUCGCCGACUGAGACAUGGGAUCAAUAUGGAGCAGACUUAACUUUUGGCCGGACAUCAAAAGGCAGCGACAAUCUGGUUCUGUGUGGCGCACGGCGUUUCAAGCCGCAAGAGCGCCGAUUCAACUAUUCUAAUGGGUUUCGCGAGCAGUAGCUAAUGGCUCUGAGAUAGUUUCCAUUGUGGCGCUUGGGCUUUAUGACUUGAAGAGGAUAGCUUGUGUGAAUUGAUAUGUAGCGGCGUUCUUGGAUACCACGACGGAGCUGAGCAUGUUCAUCUAGACACAGCAGAGAUACCCGG